UUGGGGUGAUUCAUCUAAUUAUUCUGAGUUAAUAUCAAAUGGAAGUUUCCAUCGCAAAAGUAUAGAAUUGAAAAUCUUGUGCGGCGGAAAAUUCCACUUGGUACUAACUCAGAAACAUAGCUUGAAUCAUCUCCCUCAGUAUUCGUUACGAUGUCACUAACACCCUGUACAAUACACUCAUGCACAAUAGAUAGUUUGUUCUGUUGUUUAUAAAACUGGCAUUUGAUUUCGUAAACAUCACUUACUGAAUCUUGUCUAAUAUCAUUUUGUUAUCUACACACUGGAUAAUAUAUCAGCAUUUUGACAGGAUACUUCUACUAACGUCUUGCUCACGUAUUCAGGUAAAGUCUGGGCAAUUUUCAACAUGGAACCUCUAGUAGAAAUCCCAAGAGAGUCAUGGCCAGCGCUCGAAGCCUUAUAUGCAGACAGAUGGCCAGACGGGGCUGUGGCUUAUUGCAUUUUAAACAUGCAUCUCAUAAAACCCAAUCUCAAAGACGCCUUUGAAUUCAAAGUGUAUUGUCCAGAAGGAAAAUUACACAAUGGUAUGAUUGGAAUAUCGCUACGUCAAGAAUACUACCAAAUAAUGAUACAACCGUUAGAAGACGUUGCACAAAUACAAAACGCGCUACUCACCACGAAGCUUAUAAAUUGGAAUAGAAAUAUAAUGGUUCCAUCUGCUAAUGAUGCCACGAUUCAGUGUUUGGAGAAAAUAAAAAAUGAACUGGGAAUUAAUGUCUAUUAUGGCAAAGAUACUAUAGCCUACAAACAUAUUUUGAGAAACAAUUCGAAGAAAUUCGAUGAUAUAAUACUUCCCCCAAACACCAACAUUGGUCCUUUGAAGCCCAAACACUUAGAAAUCGUGGAUAAAACCUGGAUGUUCCACGGUGACGGGACCUGCCAGUUUUUCGAUACUCUGCUGAGGAAUGAUAUGACUUAUGUCCUGUAUUCAUCUGAAGGGGAAACCUCAGAAACACCAUUAGCCUGGGUAACCGUAGGCGAUCAUGGUUCCUUGACUCAUCUGUACUGCUUAGAAGAACAUAGAAGGAAAGGAUACUCAGAAUUGGUGACAAAAUACGCCGCAAAUGACCUUCUGGAGAAAGGUCACCAUGUUUUGGCGUACACGGUGGAUAGCAAUGAAAGAGCCCAGAAUUUGUUCAGAAAACUGGGAUUCCAAGAUGUUGGAUAUGAUUACUGGGUGGUAGUAAAUACGAAUAAAUGUUAAUACAUCAUAUCUAAUACAUGUACAAAAACGAGAAUACAUACAUACGAGAAAUAAAAACUCUCGGCUUGUCAUGGGAGUAAGCUACCGAAGCUGCAAAAAAUCACGAGGAGUGAAAAACUGUUAUUCGAGCCCCAGAUCCCAACAUGGGUCAAAAGCAUUAGAGGAAGAAGAAGACAUAAGUACAUCUUAUACUCAUGCCUAUUUCCCACCGGGAUAAGCAACGACUAUGGAAUUGCAUUUACUUCGAUCCUGACACACUUCUCUUCUUAAUAAAUCAAAAUUAUCAAUAAUGCUUCCUUUUGCAUUUACAAAUGUAUCUGUCUACUUUAAGUGCAAUAUUCUAGCGCUAUUUCCUAUAGACACCAUCUUUAAAUUGCAUCUGUCAUUUUCUUAACCGCCGAAAAAAAAGUGACGGAUGAUUGACACCUGUUUAUUUUAUAAUGUAUAAAUAAGCCGGGCCGACCAAAUAGGUAUCUAGUUACCUUAAUAACAAAAGACACAUAUUACUUAUAUUUAUAGAUUACAGUAAAGCGUUCGAUACAUUAAGACACGAUAUACUUCUAGAUAACUUAGAGGACAGUGGAGUUAGAGGCCAACUAUUGGAGUGGUGCAAAAGUUAUCUUGCAAACAGAUCUUAUAAGGUUAAGAUAGGUGACUCGCUCAGCGAUGCCGUCAAUGUUACAGAGGGUACAGCCCAGGGCUCGGUGCUAGGACCGUUGCACUAUCUGGCAUAUGUCAAUGACAUAAAUAAUAUUGUACAUAGCUGCGGAAUUUACCAAUAUGCAGACGAUACAUGUAUGGUAUCAGCUGAUUCAAAUCUCAAUGUUGCAAUGCAAAAAUUACAAGAGGAUUUUGAUAGAGUUUGUCAAUGGUCUCAUGACGCCGGUCUGGUUCUUAAUGCUGAGAAGACUAAAUUAGUGCACAUACACUCAAGCUACAAUAAAACCGCAGGCAAAGUGGAAAUCAAAGUCCACAGCCAUGAUUGCCUACACCUCAGUUCCUCUAAUAAAACAUUAUGUCAAUGUAGAACAUUACAACAAGUACCUGAACAGACAUACCUUGGCCUUGUAAUUGAUAAUAGAUUUAAUUGGAGUAAUCACAUUAAUAAGGUAUGUACUAAGUUACGGGCAAUACUGGGAAAAUUCUACAUAAUCAAAAAUAGAAUACCCUACACACUAAUGCUGACUAUGUACAAAGCUUUGGCUGAAAGCAUCAUAUCAUAUGGCCUCAGCAGCUACGGACGGACCUUUAAAUCUUACCUUGACCAAAUAUAUAGGCUACAGGUAAGAAUCUUAAAAUUAAUUACACCAAAUAACAUCAAAAAUCAAUUAAAAAGCUAUAAUGAGAUCUUUAUGUACAAUAAAAUUUUACCAGUUCAUGACAAAUUUAAAUUGAAUAUGCUCGCCGAACAGUACUUUAGAACAGAAAUACAGCAUCCAACAACACAUACUAAGAUAACACGACAAGUCACAAAUAAAAUACUAACUAAG